AUGUCGCUACACGAAAACAGCAGCAUAGCCCGCAGCAGGACAUCUGUCAAUAAUGACAAUGCCGGAGACACGGAAUACGAGCUUCGCACCAGCACCGACCCCUUCUUCUCCAGAGACGGGACUGUCCUCCACGUCAACCCAGUUGUCAUAUUGCGCAACACAACAAGCGCCAGGUCCAAUUUUAUCUCUCCAGAGACCCUCAAAGCCGGUAUUGAAAGCUGGCUAAGCAGUCCUGACAGUACUAGCCCGGACGCCAGACAGCGACGAGAAAGUGUUCGUGGCGCGAUCGAUGAUGUAGUACACAAACAAGGCCCGGAGCAGUCAUCUGGUGGGCUCAUCGAUCCUUUGAAUGAUUUUGUCAAGAGGAACGUCAUUGUACCUCUCUCCGAUAUCUCGGACGCGAGCCAAGAAGGAGUCCCGAGUACUAUGGUUUUACGAGGCUAUGCCCAGAGUGGACUUGCCGACCUCGCAUGGACAUUUGGAGGCAGCGAAGAUCCAAACGUCAGCCAGAGUAUCAUCCGUUCUUGUCCAUCCCUCAAGUUUGCCCCCAUCUUUCCAGAUGUUGAUGGCAAUGAGAUCCACGUCGAAUCUCGUCUCACCGCUGAGGGAUACUACCUCCGCCCCGCAACUAUCCUGGGACAUUUCUCCAUGACUGGUAAUUCCAUCCAGCCCAGGCAUCGUACACACCGAGAUACCCCCGAAUAUCAAUCAGCGUUCGUCAAAAGAUUCACCGACAAGGUCAAUCAGACCAUUGCGGAGAGCUUCAUAAAAGAUGGACAGCAGAUGUGCGACAACGAUGUGUACAGGCAUUAUGAUGGUACCAUCUAUGACAGUGUUGGGGUCAACCUUCAAAGCGAGGUAGCCGAUGUGGAAGGCAUUCCAAAUAGGUUGACCUUUGCAAACUACCCGUCCCAGUGGACAGGGAACUUGGCUGGAAGAGCACAUCGCCAGUUAUCUGCUGAGAGCGUCGUCCCCAACGACAGGCCCGUGGGACGUUUGGGUUUGCCAGAGGAGUUGAGCGACAAUUGGUGGGCGUGA